CGCGGCCCCGGCCAUGGCGAGCGGCGCCUCGGCCGCCGACUGCCUGCGCGAGUGGCAGGAGCUGCAGGACGGCUACCAGCGCAUCCAGGAUAACCACAAGCUGUACAAGCAGAAACUCGAGGAGUUGACCAAGCUCCAGGAUGGCAUCUCCAGCUCCAUCGCACGACAGAAGAAGAGGCUGAAGGAGCUGUCUGUCUCUCUAAAGAAAUGCAAGGCCCACGUGAGUCCUGAACAGGAGGAAUCCAUCCAAGAGACUCAGAGCCUCAUAAAAGAGAGGCAGAAUGUCUUCUUCGAGAUGGAGGCCUACCUGCCAAAGAAAAAUGGGUUGUACUUGAGUCUGGUGCUUGGGAACGUGAACGUCACACUACUCAGCAAACAGGCUAAGUUUGCCUAUAAAGAUGAGUACGAGAAGUUCAAGCUCUACCUCACCAUUAUCCUGCUCAUCUUGUCCUUCUCCUGCCGGUUCCUCCUCAAUUCCAGGGUGACAGAUGCUGUCUUUAACUUCCUCCUGGUGUGGUACUAUUGCACUCUCACCAUCCGGGAGAGCAUCUUGAUCAACAAUGGAUCCAAAAUCAAAGGCUGGUGGGUUUUCCAUCACUACAUCUCCACUUUCCUCUCAGGUGUCAUGCUGACUUGGCCAGAUGGGGUCAUGUACCAAAUGUUCAGGAACCAGUUCCUCUCCUUUUCCAUGUAUCAGAGUUUUGUGCAGUUCCUCCAGUACUACUAUCAGAGCGGGUGCUUGUAUCGGCUCCGAGCGCUGGGCGAGAGGCACAACAUGGAUCUCACUGUGGAGGGCUUCCAGUCCUGGAUGUGGAGGGGCCUCACGUUCCUGCUUCCUUUCCUCUUCUUUGGGCAGUUUUGGCAGCUCUACAACGCCGUCACCCUGUUCCGCCUGAUGCAGCACCCGGAGUGCAAGGAGUGGCAGGUGUUCAUGUGCGGCCUCCCCUUCUUCAUCCUCUUCCUGGGGAACUUCUUCACCACCCUCCGUGUUGUCCACCAGAAAUUUCAGAACCAGAACAAAGAUGCGAAGCAGAAGUGAAGGGAGGCAGCGCGGGGACCAAAAGGAUUUCUUCCCCCAUCUCCAUCUCCCCCUCGUCUUCUUGCCUCGAUGCCAUCCAGACUCGGGCAGGUCUCGCCCCGUUCCUUCAGAGCAGGCAGGCCUGGACGUGGGACAGCUUGGAGCCUGCUGCUCAUCAGCCCGGGUGUUCCCAGCAGGGCUGGAGCCGCGUGCCCGAGCACUCACCUGGAGGCAGGAACAUGUGGCACCUCCUGUCCUAUCUGCC